UCAGGAGAGACAACACAAAGACAAGAGAUGUUGAACCUGAAGACUCGUCUUCCUCCUCGCUCCCACUACACCUGCUGUCUUUGUCUCCUCUCCCCACAGCUCUUCCUCCAUCGGAUGUAAUGUACUGUGAAUGGACCGGCCUUCACAAGCAGAGACACAAGGAGGCGUGGCAUCUCAUUCUACCCAAUCAGCAUCGAAGAGUGACAUGGCUCCGGCCAAUGAUAAGCUGUGAAAGUAGACCAGCACCACCCAUGCAGUGUGUUUCUGGACCUGUUCGUCCCUCUCAGCUCUGCACUGAAAAGUGUCCCGUGUUGCCUCUCCAGGUGAUCAAAGAAGUUCAGCCUUUUUUUUCUUCACAGUUUUCCUCCAGAUUCACUUUGCUGACAAACUACAGACACAGGAAACGAGGAACGGGUGGAGGAAAGCUUUCCUAUCAAGGGGCAUUACUGCUGAGGACAAAGAAACCAGAAGACAGACAGUGUGUCAGUGUGUCUGUACACAAAGAAGAGGAUGAUGAUGAAGAGGAGGAGGACGUAAGAGAAGGAAGAAGGAAAGACAAGCGCCCUGUCGCCUCAACUCCUGUGCCUGGGUCCCCAUGGUGUGUGGUCUGGACUGGAGAUGAUAGAGUGUUCUUCUUCAAUCCCACAAUCCAUCUCUCUGUGUGGGAGAGACCAGGAGAGCUGAUCGAUCGAGACAUCAGCCGCAUCAUCGAGGACCCGCCCCACAAGAGAAAGAAGAGCUCGCCUUCAGAAAUCAGCUCUAGCUGUCAAUCAACUGGUCUCCAUAGGAAUGAUGAAGAUGAAGAUAAUGAGCUUAAACACGGCGCCAAGAGGAACAGGUGA